AGCAACAUUGUAUCGAAUAGCGGCAAAAGGGAAAGUUUUGGCGCCGAAAUUACCGAAACUAGCUGUCAGCAUUUUCCGCAACUCGUUGUCAGCGCUCGUAAGUUCAUUAGUGAGCACGUAACGUGCCGCGUAUCAGUAUCUCCUCCUUGUCUGUCCUCCUCAAAGACUCGGCGAGUUCUGCGGCCAAGAUGUGGAUCCAGGUGCGAACGAUGGACGGCGCCAAGUCCUCGCGGAUCGACGGGCUGUCCAAGCUCACAAAGAUCGAGGAGCUUCGACUUCGCGUUCGGGACGAUUUUGAAGUGGACACUCCGCUGCAGAGGCUCUUCUACAGGGGAAAACAGUUGGAAGAUGGCUACACACUGUUCGACUACGAUGUGGGCCUCAACGACAUCAUCCAACUGCUGGCCAGGCAGGCGCUUCCAGAACCGGCUGCCCCUGUACCUAAGGAGGAACAGCCCAAACAGGAGCCUGAAAACGCUGUUGCAGGAUCGUCUGGAGCAGGGAGAGAAUGCAACAAGGAGCCUGAAAAUGCUGUUGCAGGAUCGUCUGGAGCGAGGAGCAAAUACUACAAGGUUGGAGGUUUGGUGGAUGUGCUCAAUUCGACGCAUGGUGCCUGGUUUGAGGCAAAGAUCAUCAACAUUGUGAGGAAGGAGUCUACUGAGCCAGAGCCGACCCCGGAAGAGUCUGCAUCGCGGCGCACUGCCGAAGACGACGACGACGUCCUCUACUGCAUACAAUUCGAUGACUACGAGGACGAGAGGGUGACCGUGCCGCUGAGCAGCAUCCGUCCCCGUGCUCGGCGACUGAUUCCCUUUGCUGACGUAUCCGUGGGGGAUGCGCUGAUGGCCAACUACAAUGUGGAGGAUCCCGAUGAGCUGGGCUUCUGGUACGACUGCGAGGUGACCGCCAAGAGGGCCACCCGCACUACCAGGGAGCUGUCGGCCACCGUCUAUGUCGGGGCAAGUAGAACACCUCUCAACAACUGUCGCCUAAAGUUCUGCGACGAGCUCUUCGCCAUCGAGGGGCAUCCUACCAUCACCUCUGAGGAAUGCGACAAGCUUCCCGAGUCGCCCGUCAAGCGUCGCCUGCAGCCGGACUGCACCCACUGCGGGGAUCGGCCCGAGCGCAAGUGCCGCCACUGCGCCUGCUGCCGGUGCGGGGGCAAGGAGGACCCCAGCAGGCAGCUGCUGUGUGACGAGUGCGACAGGGCCUUCCACCUCGGCUGUCUGGACCCGCCCCUGGAGGAGCUGCCGCAGGAGGACACCUGGUUCUGCCCGGAGUGCAAGACCGACACGUCGGAGGUGGUGCAGCCCGGGGAGGGGCUGAAGGACUCGAAGCGCAAGGCCAAGCUGCCGUCUGCGGCCCCCAAGGCGGCCAGGGACUGGGGACGGGGCAUGGCCUGUGCGGGGCGCACCAAGGAAUGCACCCUGGUGCCCCCCAACCACUACGGGCCCCUGCCCAACAUCCCCGUGGGCUCCUGCUGGAAGUUCAGGCUGCAGGUGUCGGAGUCUGGCUGUCAUCGUCCUCCCGUUGGCGGCAUCCACGGUAGGGAGUCCGAUGGAGCGUACUCCAUCGUGCUCUCCGGGGGCUACGAAGACGACGCCGAUGAUGGCGACGAGUUCCUCUACACGGGGAGCGGGGGCCGCGACCUUUCGGGCAACAAGCGUACAGCCGAGCAGUCUUGCAACCAGGAGCUCACCAAGUACAACAAGUCACUGGCGCGCAAUUGUGCGGCUGAGUUAAAUGCCAAGGACGGCGCAGAAGCCAAGGACUGGCGGGCCGGGAAGCCCGUGCGAGUCCUGCGAAGCUACAAGGGACGCAAGCAUUCCAAGUACUGCCCAGAAGAAGGCUGCCGCUACGACGGCAUCUACAAGGUGGUGAAGUACUGGCCAGAGAAAGGCAAGUCCGGGUUCAUUGUCUGGCGUUUCCUGCUCCGGAGGGACGACCCCACCCCUCCCCCUUGGACUUCCGCUGGCAAGAAGCACAUAGAGGAGCUGGGCCUCACAAUGCAGUAUCCCGAGGGGUACCAAGAGCCUCAGAAUGGGGAAGAACACAACUCGGAGAAUGAAGUUCCUGCCAAGAAGGGAAAGCGCUCCCGAGGGGGCGCAUCGGAGGCGUCGUCUCCGACCCCCAAGAAGCAGCGUGCGGCCAGCUUCUCCCUGGAGGCCCCCCUGGCCAAGCAAGUGCGGGCGGACGCCUGCAACGAGCGGCUGUGGCAGGAGUGCCUGACCCUGGGCAAGGGGCGCCAGGCAUUCCUCGACCGGGUGCAGGAGCUCUUCACCUGCGUCUGCUGCCAGGAGCUCGCCUACCUGCCGGUCACCACGCCCUGCUCCCACAACCUGUGCCAGGGAUGCCUUAAGAGAUCCUUCAAGGCAGAAGUGUUCUGCUGCCCAACCUGUCGCAAAGACCUUGGCAAGGACUACGAACUCAAAGUGAACACGACGCUUAGUGGAGUGCUGCAGGCGCUGUUUCCUGGCUAUGAAAAUGGCCGAUGAGCUUCACGUGUGUCCUUGGCACUGGCCGCCAUGUUUCUGGGCCGAACUUUGAAAUGUGACUCUUACGGUCGUGCUCCCAGUUCUGUGUUACAAGUGGUCCUUUUUUUGUUAGUGUAUCACAGAUGAAUAUGUGCACCAUGGCGUCUUAUGUGUGGAACAAUUGUGACAAGCAAUUGCGUUUGUUAGCGUGAUUUACCUGGGUGGGGAAAAGUAAGCUUUCUUCCAAACAUUUAGUUUCUUUUUGUGUUUAAACAUUUUCUUAUAUGUUCUGUUCAACCAUCAAAGAGUCAUGCAUAUUUUGAUUAAUUUUCCAUAGUGAUGAGACAACUAUUUUGUGGCGUUUCUAGUUAUGUGAAACGAAAUCCCAAGUAGUAGUAUCUUUGUGUCCAGGCUACUUGUGUUUUGAUAUGCAAGUUCUGCAAAUUCGCUCAUUCCAAUUGUUAGUUUUUGUGAGUUGGCUGUGAUUUGCUGUGAAUCUGAACAAAGUUAUCCCUAAUGCAGCUUUA